CACACUCCUCCACCCUUUUGCUUCCAGCUACAGUUCUCUUCCUUUUUCUCAAUCCAUAUGGUCAGUGUUCCACUUACAAACUUUAGAAAGUAGCGGACCCUUCAGAAAACACGUGCGGAGGACAACAGCAACAAGAUCUUUUCCACAGGUGUAAAAUUAGAAGUCUAGCUUCAUUAUCUCACAAUGAGUGAGAAAGAUGGAAAUGCCGACAGCUUGUUUCUUAAAGAUGAUUCUGCAAAAGGUGAAAAAUCGGAUGGCCGUGUACACAGCUGGCAACACGCAAUACAGAAAAGGGCAUCGCGAGCUGGGAAGCAAAUGCCUAAAGUGACAGUGGGAAGCAUCCGUGCGUUCCUCUAUCGGAAUGCUUUUGUGAUACUCACCGUCUUAGCCGUAGUGCUGGGUAUUGUAUUGGCAUUUGCGUUGAGACCCUACAAGAUGUCUUAUCGACAAGUGAAAUAUUUUUCCUUUCCUGGAGAGCUGCUUAUGAGGAUGCUCCAGAUGCUAGUCCUGCCUCUUAUAGUGUCCAGUUUGGUGACCGGGAUGGCAUCUCUGGAUAGCAAAGCUUCAGGCAAGAUGGGCAUGCGGGCUGUGGUGUAUUACACUGUAACCACAUUCAUUGCUGUGUUUAUUGGCAUUAUUAUGGUGAUCAUCAUUCAUCCUGGCAAAGGCACAAAGGAAAAUAUGGAAUCUCAAGGGAAAAUUGAAAGGGUGCAAGCUACAGAUGCCAUCUUGGAUCUAAUAAGGAAUAUGUUUCCUCCUAAUCUGGUAGAAGCCUGCUUCAAACAGUACAAAACACACUACAACACACGGGUUUACAAAGUGCCUGUCCCAUCUGAUCCGAACAUGACAGCAGUGAUAGAGCCGACCCCAGAAGCCAUUAACAUCAGUGGCAUUGUGGACAAUGUAACCCGUGCCAUGGAACAACUGCAGCAGAUGAUAGACCUGGAAGAGGUGGUACCUGUGGCAGGCUCAGCAAAUGGAGUAAAUGCCUUGGGCUUGGUGGUCUUCUCCAUGUGCUUUGGACUUGUGAUUGGAAACAUGAAGGAAAAAGGAAGGGCUCUCAAGGAGUUCUUUGAUUGCCUUAAUGAAGCCAUCAUGAGGCUCGUGGCAAUUAUCAUAUGGUAUGCUCCAAUUGGUAUAAUGUUCUUGAUAUCUGGAAAGAUCCUGGAAAUGGAUGACUUGCUGGUUAUGGGAGGACAGCUAGGCAUGUACACCAUAACAGUUGUAAUAGGACUCCUCAUACAUGCUUUGAUUGUACUCCCAUUGUUGUUCUUCGUUGUUACUCGGAGGAACCCAUGGCCAUUCAUUGGUGGGCUUCUUCAAGCCCUUGUCACCGCUUUGGGGACAUCAUCAAGCUCUGCUACUCUGCCCAUUACUUUCAAAUGCUUGGAGGAGAACAAUGGUGUGGACAAGCGUGUCACUCGAUUUGUGCUGCCAGUGGGAGCCACCAUUAAUAUGGACGGUACAGCUCUAUACGAGGCACUAGCUGCUAUAUUUAUUGCACAAGUAAACAAUUACGACCUGAACUUUGGGCAAAUAAUCACAAUCAGCAUCACAGCUACUGCUGCCAGCAUAGGAGCAGCAGGUAUCCCUCAGGCUGGCCUAGUUACCAUGGUUAUAGUGUUGACAUCGGUGGGACUUCCCACAGAGGAUAUAACGCUCAUUAUCGCUGUGGACUGGUUCCUGGAUCGUCUCCGCACAACCACCAAUGUCUUAGGGGAUUCUUUAGGAGCUGGCAUUAUUGAACACCUUUCUAGACAUGAACUGCAAAAACAAGAUGCUGAGCUGGGAAACUCUGUUCUAGAGGAGAGUGAGAAGUCCUAUCAACUUAUCUACACAGAGAAUGACAUCCAGAAACACCCCAGUAGUGAAACAUGCAUGUGAGAGGCACAAAUGCUGCUUAUCUGGUCAUUCCCAUCCUUCAUAUGUGAACUGGACUUACCUCUGUUUGUUAUUCUUAGUUUCAAUGGACAGCUUUGGAGAAUGCCUUCAUCAAUAUUUUAAAAUGCCAUGGAAAC